AUGGUUGCGACCUUCUCACCACACCGGGACUCCGGUGGUACGCUCCAUCUCUCAACGCACGCUGGGAUCCAUCAAGUGGAUGCCAGUUCUGCUAUCCGCCAACUCAGACGCUCUCUAUCGCGUUCUCCAUCUAAAAGUUCGAACUUUUUCCUUCACACCCGCUCUGUUUCCCCAUCCAAAACUACCGCCCCAUACGUUUGCUCACCUCUGUCGCCUUCGCGGCGAUCAUCUCAAAAUAAUUUUGUCCUUUUUCCAUCUACCGUUCAACCAUCCCCUCUCUCUUAUUCUCCUACUGCAAAAAUUACCCGACCGGUAAUGCGUCGACGGACUUCUCCCCGUAGCCCAGUUAAGCGCGUGUUGAACGUGUCAACAGACGGCGGAAACGCGACCCCCACACCACCCAUUAACAUGUCUACUGGAGAAGAGAAUGAGCUAACGCUCGAUGACUUGGCUGGUCCAACCCUGAGCACAACUCCAGAUAGUCCUUGUGCUGUGAACGCGUCAUCUACUCAGGAAUCUACUUUUGCGCCUCGCUCGGGCCUAACACGCAUUGAAAAGCGCAGAAGCGGUGGUAACUUUGGAUCAUUUGCGACUGUCAGCCCGUUGAAGCGAAGUGACGGGAUCAUGAAUCUCGAUCAAGCCUCCCGAGGCAGUCCCACUGCGAAGCGACGCAGCAACCACACUCCCAUCUUCACCUCUGACUUCAGCAUCUUUGACAACGACUCCGAGAGCGCACCUUCCAGCCCAACAUCAAAUGAGGCACCUUCUAGCUUUACUCCGAUUCAGCCAUUCACUGGAUUCAACACCAUUCCCAAGCGUUCGUCCUCUCUCCGCCGGUCCACUCUGCAACAACGCCAGAGCGAACGCCCUCUCUUUGGACGUUCCAAGCCUACUGGUGAUGCUGAAGCUUUGCCGAGUACUCCGUUGCCUGUGCGCCCACGCAUUUCCUUUGACAGUGGCCUGUUCCAGACCAGUCAAGACAACAAUCUCUUCUCUCAGCGCCCUACCCCUUCCGGUCCUCUCUUCUCCCAGCCCGCGAACGCCAACGCCCAGCCCACGCGACAUGCUGCUCACCCUCUUUCUCGCACCAUCACCCAAUCUUCCUCUGGAUCAAGUUUGGAUGACUCCCCUACUCAUGAACCCACUCAUAAAGUAAUGGAGUCGCGGCGGCCGGCAUUCAACUUCUCUAAAUCUCUUCCCGCUGGCGCAUCGCGCCCUGCGCCAGUGCGCCGGGUGACCCGUGAAGAGUCGAACUCUUCAGACUCAUUCGCAACCCCGGAUAACUUCAAGCUGGUCAAGCCGCUGCCUGCAGCCUUUAUGUCAACUGGACUAAUCUCCAAGAAGAAUCGCAACGCGGAGGAACCUUUGGGCUUCAGCAAGAAUAUGCCCGAUACCCCCUGCAAGCGACCCAUCAAUCUGUUUGCAGCCAGCUUGAAUGCUACUUUCGACAAACCCGCCGGGUCUGGCUCACCCUUCAACCCUCCCGCUUCCACUGUGCGUCCGAAGCAAGGUUUCGCUCGAGGCAUGGGAAUCUUUGGCACAUUCCCUCGACAGGAGCCAUCCCGUCGCGGCAGCUAUGCUAGUGUCGAUGGUGAUGACCUGUUCCCUUCCCAGUCACCAUCUUCACGCGACAGUCAGUCCAUGACCGAUUCUGACUUCCCCCCUACUCCUACCAAACAAAGCUUCCUCCCUUCUCGCACUUAUCCUCCCACUACUUCCCAGAUCGCCUCUUUGGAACGCCUGUCAGAAACACGGUCUUCUGGUAACCAGACUCCGAUUCAUGAUAGGUUCCUUCAGGCCUCACCUCGCACUCCGCGAGACAAUCUCUUCCCGGAUCCAAGCAGCUUGUCAAUCUCAGUCCCUAGCGAAUCGCUAUUCCAGCCUGAUCAUAGCCACUAUGCCAUGCCUGCGACUCCAACCGGGCCCCGUGAAUCACUCCUGUCAAACCACGGCCAGAGCCUCCAGCUCAGCGGUUUCCACACUCCCGAUGUUGACUCGAGUAUCUCAACCCGCUUUGAUAGGGCUGAGCUUAUUGGAACUGGAGAGUUCUCCAAGGUCUACCGAGUUUCACAGCCUCACAAUGCUCCAGUCUCUUCCGUCUUCCCUCUCCCAUCUAGUGAACCUAGAUCACCCACUACUUUGACACAUCAGGUUUGGGCCGUCAAGAAAAGCAAGCAGGCCUAUUUGGGCAUCAAGGACCGUGAACGUCGGAUUCGUGAAGUGGAAAUUCUGAAAACCCUAGUCAACACAGAGCACGUUGUCUCCUUCGCUGAUAGCUGGGAAGAUAACGCUCAUCUCUACAUUCAAACAGAGUUCUGUGAGGAGGGUAGCCUGGAUGUCUUUCUGGCCCAGGCUGGCCUCAAGGCUCGAUUAGAUGACUUCCGAAUCUGGAAGAUUCUUUUGGAACUGUCCUUGGGGCUGAAGCACGUCCAUGAUGCAGGCUUUAUCCACCUUGACCUUAAGCCCGCCAAUAUCCUAGUCACAUUUGAGGGUGUUCUCAAGAUUGGAGACUUCGGCAUGGCCACUCGCUGGCCAGCGGCGAGUGGCAUUGACGGUGAGGGUGAUCGUGAAUAUAUUGGACCGGAGAUUCUCAUGGGCCAAUUUGAUAAGCCGGCCGAUAUCUUCUCCUUGGGUUUGAUUAUCUUCGAAAUCGCUGGUAAUGUCGAGUUACCCGAUAAUGGAGUAUCUUGGCAGAAGCUUCGCAAUGGUGAUAUGAGCGACGUUCCCAGUCUGACCUGGAGCUCAGAGACCAGUGUUUUCCGCGAUGCAUCUGGAAACCCCGUCGUCGAAGGAGGAGGCAGCUCUUCCUUUGAGGAGCUCUGCGCAUCCGACCUGGGUGAUGACGACUUUGGCGACGAUUUCAUGCACAGUCGCCAGACGAAUCAUCAAGAGUCAACUCGUCUAGCUCGCACUGGUGAACUACUAGAUCCACCAGACUUCAUGGUCGAUUCUCACCAUGACCAGGCAUUAGAUAACAUUGUCCGCUGGAUGAUCUCCCCAGAGCCGUCUGAUCGACCCACGGCUGAUCAGAUCUUGGCAACUUAUGGAGUACAAUUUGUCAACCGUCGCCGCCGUGCCGGUGCUACUGUGUUUGAGGGCAACUGGGGCCCUGCCGAUGAGAUCUUGGCAGAGGAUGCCGAAAUGAUCGAUGUUUGA